AUGGGUCGCUUACGGAGAUCUCGUACACACCAUGCACAACGCGACGUGCAUGAUCUCGCUCGCACAAAAGAUCUCGAUCAAAUUCAGCUCAUUGAUCUAGACCUGAAGAAUCGCGCUGCUCUUGAAGCACAACACAUUGAUCUCAAGAAACCUGGUCUUGUCCAGCAUUACCACGUUGAAUAUGCAAAAUACUUUGAGAUUGAUAUCGCGCUCCGGUCACAUUGGAAGGGCAAAGUUCACAAACGACGGUGUAAAGGUUUGAAGGAACCUGCAUAUACGAUAGAGGAAGCGGAAAGAGCUGCUGGACUUGGGCGGGAAGGGAAAAGAACACCGAUUUCUGCUCAAGCUAUGCCGACAGAUACUUAG